AAUAUAAGUUUGUUUUCGGACAAAUAUUAUAUGUGAGCAGUAAAUCCUUGCAUUUUCUCAAGUCAUAAUGCUUAUGUAUAUAACGAAGCUAGUUCGAAGUUUCAUAGCAGAGGUAUGCGAACCAAUUUACUGUCUGAUCUAUGGACACGAUAAUGAGCACAUCGUAUGGAUUCGACUGGUGCGUAGCUUGUGCAGCUUCUUGACGGGCGUCCUGCUGGCCUAUUUGAUGUGGAUGCUCUUUGCAUUCAACAGUCAUUUUGGCAAACUGUAUGCGGCAGCUGUGCCAGAAUGGGUGGUGCUGGUGGUGUUUCUGCUGUUCAACGGACUCGCCUAUCUGCUCAGUCGCCAUGUGCGUGUGGUGACAUUAUUGAUAUUUGUCGGUCUGCUGGGCAAUGCGGGUCGCAGCUAUCUCCGUGCGACGGCAUUUGCGCUUGUGAUUUCGGGCCCCAUUGACAAUCUGGUGAGGAAUGCCGGCGAGGUGGCGCGAGUGUUUGCCUGCACCACGAUACUCACAUACAAUUUGACCAAGACCCGUUUCGAUCUGAUGGCCAAACCCUUUACAAACACGCUGGAAACGAUGAAGGAUGACUUGGACGAGAUUCAGGGCAACUUUAAGGAGCUGCAGACCAUUCUCGAAGAUCUCAAAUACGGCGUGGAGUACACGGACAUCGAGGAUGAUAAAUUUGGCAACAACAAGCACCGCCGAGCUGCAAAUGCGACCAACGAGUUAUCUAGCAAUUCCAGUUAUCCACUACCCAAAGCUUCGGCAGUGCAGGCGAAAUUUGUGCGAAAUAUGCGAAAUCGCUGUAAGCAACAGCUGCGCAGUGGCCAUCAUGUUUGUCGGGAAAUAUUUCUAAAGGGUUAUCGCAAAUGUGCUACCAAUUUUCCCGACUGGCUAGCCAGUGUCGUCUGCUGGCCCUAUCGCGUCGAUAUUAUAUGCAGGGUCAAUAUUUUUGGCAAUCCGGAUAAGGUGUGCGAUGCCUCGAAGGUUGUGCCCUCCAACUUUGGCGAGACCUAUGUAAAUCUGUUAGUCGCGGAGCAUGAACUAUAUGAUAAUAGCUCGAAUAUUGAGAUCACCUAUCAGAUGCAGAACGUGACCACGUCAGAGCAAUUGCUUAGUGCCCAAGAGACAUCGGAGCAGUUUAUCAAGGACUUUGAGCGCAGGAGGCGCAUAUUUAGUCUUGUGAUGAUGAUUAUUGAGAAAUUUCUGUAUCUGUUCAUAUUGGGCGUUAUUUGUACAUCGAUUCGAUACCAUUUCAAAUAUUGUACCAAUGUGGAGUUUGACAACUUUUACAUAACGGAUUAUUUUAAGCACGUGGAUGCACGCCGCAAGCUUGCAGAUAAACAUUACCUUUUACCUUUGCGCAGCCAUGAGAGGUCCAUGUUUGUGGAUGUGGAAGAACUUAACAGCCGCACCGACGACGAGAGAAAAACGGACUUUUUCCAUUUGUUGCAGCUAUCACUGGAGGUUAUUACAGCGGGUAUAUUCAUUCUUCUGGAUCGGCUGGUUGUUAAUCUACUGCGAAUUAUUCACGAACGCUCGCUGAUCACCUAUCAACAGGAGGGUGAGCACGAGGUUCGCUUUCGUAUCAAUGGCACUGGACUUAUGGCACGUCUGCUGCGCACCACAAUGAAAAACUUUAAUAUACACGAGCGAGUCUCGACAUCCUUGAGCAAUGAGGAGUGUCUGCCAAAGCCGCAUGUGCUGCCGAGAAGCUUUUACGUAAAAUUGUUGCUACUCUAUUUGGUCAUCCUGUUGCUUGUCUAUGUGAGCACCACCUUCCAGCGUUUGCGUCGCGUCAUUUGCAGUCACUUCUAUUACAAGCGGGAGAAAUGGCGCAUUCUUUUUCUCUAUAGUUCCAUUCUGCGCUGUCGCCACUCGUAUAGGGAGGUGAUGCGCAAGAGGGCCGAGGAGAAUAUUGCCUCAAGGCAUGUUCAGGGCAGAAUCAAUUUAUGCCUGAUCCUGCGCUUGUCCUACCCGAAAGCAUUUGGCUGGUUAGCUAAUUUCAACUGCGCCAAGCGCAGUUGCCUCACUUGCAAUGCUCAGGAGGACGACAAAUUUGUGUUCUGUGAAAAUUGCGGCAUGCCGUACUGUAGGGACUGCUGUAAGGCUUUGAAAAAGUUGUGCGUCUAUUGUGAUGAGUUAAUGCAUCACGAACCGGCACCUGAACACACUUAUACGCCAAUUCACAGUCCAAAUGCUCAUAUCCAUCGCAAGAGAAAGUAAUUAGUCGAUGGCGGAAAAUGGGUGGAAAUAGAGUGCUUAUAUGGAAAAAUAUGUUUCUGUAUAAAAAGCGUAUGUGUUUUUCAAAAUAUUUUGUAUCACACUUAGCAAUUGAGUUCUUUACUAUUUCCAAACACAAAACGGGUCUUCUAUAUCAUAUGGCUCCUUUAGGAAUAAUUCUUUA